AUGUGUCAGCGUUUUGUGAGGAAGCAAUGUUCCGGCAGCAAUUGCUUUGAUGAUGUUGUGGGCUGCAGCUGCAGCAGCACCGUUGUCGAUUUUUCUCAUGCAGUCUCUCAAGUUGUUGACACACUUCAGUGCUCUUUCUUUCUUUUCUCUCUCUCUCUCUCUCUCUCUCUCUUCCUUUGUUCGGACUUGCAGGUGUGCCAUCUAAUGAGCAGCCCUUGGAAGAUCCUUGUUCGGCUCCACAGCGUGGUGAACAUACCCAAGGACGUGUGCGUUGGCAAUAGCAGCAGCAGCACCAGGCACGGUGAUACACGCGUCUUCUCUGUCAUUGCUCGUGCCGUGGCAAGCGAGGGCGCUCUCCUCCCUGACUGUGCAGAGAUGCAUGCCGAGUUCACGACGCACGACAUUGUGCGCACCCCCGCCCCCACCGCAACUGUUGCUGAUGGCAAAAAUGAUCUCUUGGAGGUAAAGCUUGACGGAAGGGGUGAGCGCAGCGCCGCCGCCACCGCUGAGUGGCGAAUACAAACGCCGACGCUCCAGAUACUGUUGCUCGUGAAGGAGCGGUGGGGUUCAGUAACAACCCCAACAACAACCAUAGAAGCAGAAGCACCAACAACGACAGGAGUUCGCGUGGCCGGCGCGUGUGCCCAGAAUCUUGUUUGCGACGUUGCUGAUGUGGUGCAGCGUCGCAAACUUGUGACACAUAUUGUGGGAACUGAAAUGGGGCAAAUCGGUAUCUCCUUUGCGGUGGCGCCGUCCGACAAGGCCGGCUACGAGCAGCGCCUCACAGAGUUCCUCUCACGCCACAACCCGAGCAGCCUGCACCUCAUAGAGAGCGUUGUGCGCGGCAUCCCGGAGGUCGACACCUUCACCAAGCUGUACCGCAAGUACGGUGUUGUUGACUACGAAAGACGUGUAACGGACUUCUUCCGCGUGUACGGCCGCGAGCACGCGGACCAGAUACCAACACUGCUGCAGCAGUGGGAGAACCGGGAGGAGGAACUUAUGCACAACCUCGUGCUUGACAACGGCCCGGAGCCGGACGCUAUCGACACCGUUGCACGCCUCGAGGCAUUCGUUAAGACAUACGGCAUCACAACAGCCACGCCAGACGUGGCGCGUGCGGUUCGAGAGUUUGGUGACAGGCCGAAUGAUCUCUUUGCGGCGCUGACGGCGAGGUACGGCGCAGAACCGGACCCGCGCAGCUACUUGUACCCACUGACCUUCUAUAAAAUAAUACCGGAACUGCAGCAAAAGCAGAAACUAGAAUCUCGCGGCUCCACCUUGCUGCAGGCUGCGCCGUCCAGGUUGGGAGCACCAGAAGGUACGCUGUAUACAAAUGAAAUGCACCAGCCAGAGAAGGAUCAGCGCCAACCCGAUGUACAACAGCAUCAACUGCCAAAACCUACCACCACGGCUGUACCCCGUUUUGAUUCGAUGUCAGCGACAACAAACACCAGCGCUCCCACCGCCAACAAGGCAGUCCUCAACAACAAGAACAACAUAAACACUAGCAGCAGCUCGGAUCUUUCGUGGGAUGCAUUCUGUGACUCAUUGCUACGCUGUGGCAAGGUGACGUCGGAUGUGUAUUACAUGAGUGAGGGGGAAUUCUGCAAUAUGGUAGAUGAGAUGGGCUACAACAAGCCCGAACGAGACGCGCUGCUCCACCAGUGGGAGCUGCGACUGCGCUCCGCUGUGCGGGAGGAGAACCUGACCCCGGGCGACGCCUAUUACGACACCGCCGCCAAAGAGGUGCUUGAUGUGGUGGGGAUGCAGCAACUCAACCUGGAGGUGGUCAGUGUGACGACGGCCGCGAACAGGGAGCAUGCCAGUUGCUUU